AUGUCUCAAGCUCCGGUGUCGACUGCCAAUGGCGGUAGCACAUCUCAGUUCGCGUCAAACGGUGAACGAGUAGAUUCGGGAGGCUUCAAACUAAAAUUCUGCACUGUUUGUGCCAGCAACAACAAUAGAUCCAUGGAAUCACACUUACGUCUCGCUGCUGCUCACUACCCUGUAAUAUCAUUUGGAACAGGUUCUUUAGUUAGAUUGCCAGGACCUUCCAUAACACAACCUAAUGUCUACCAAUUCAACAAGACUUCGUAUGAUAGCAUGUAUAAAGAACUCGAAUCUAAAGAUCCGCGUCUCUAUCGCGCGAAUGGUAUCUUGAAUAUGCUUGGGCGGAAUAGAUCAGUAAAAUGGGGGCCAGAGAGAUGGCAAGAUUGGCAAGUCGGCGUUCCAAGACUACAACAUAAUACAGAUCAAGGUGCCGAAGGAGUAGAAGGGGGUGUUGUUGACGUUGUUAUUACCUGUGAAGAAAGAUGCUGGGAUGCUGUCGUGGAUGACCUCCUCAAUCGUGGCUCCCCAUUAAAUCGUCCAGUGCAUGUCAUCAAUGUUGAUAUCAAAGAUAAUCAUGAAGAGGCUCUAGUCGGCGGCAGGGGAAUUCUUGACCUUGCCGAUUCCCUCAAUAAGGCUGCUGCCGAGGAAAGGGAACUCAACCCUACCGGGUUUGACAGUGGUAGUGCCCAUAGCAGGGCCGGCUUUGAUGAAAGAGUUCCGGAAAUCAUCGGAGAGUGGCAGGAAAGAUGGCCAAAUCUACCAGCAGUAUGGACAUUAGCAUGGUUUUGA